CCAGUGUGAAAUCGCUGCAAAAGCAGGGAUGAUUAUACAGAGAGUAGUGCUGAAUUCACGCCCCGGUAAGAAUGGAGAGCCAGUGGCUGAAAACUUCCGACUGGAACAAAGUACAAUAGCAGAUACGAUCCAAGCAGGACAAGUGCGUGUUAGAACCCUUUAUCUCUCUGUGGACCCUUACAUGCGCUGCCGAAUGAAUGAGGAUACAGGCUCAGAUUACCUCCUGCCCUGGCAGCUGUCUGAAGUUGCUGAUGGUGGGGGCAUUGGGGUUGUGGAGGAGAGCAAGCAUGAUAACCUUGCUAAAGGAGACUUUGUAACAUCCUUCAACUGGCCCUGGCAGACAGUGGCCAUUCUAGAUGGAAGCUUGCUACAAAAGCUUGUUCCACAACUGGUAAAUGGACGCCUUUCCUACUUUCUCGGUGCAGCUGGCAUCACGGGACUGACGGCCCUGUUAGGUAUAAAGGAGAAAGGACAUGUGACUGUGGGUGCAAAUCAGACAAUGGUGGUGAGCGGAGCAGCCGGUGCCUGCGGCUCUUUGGCCGGCCAGGUAGGUAGGCUUAAGACAUACAAGCAUGCUCUGUUACCAAGUUUAUCUUCUGAAACAUGCUG